UGAAUGAAAGUGUUUGAUUCGCUGUUAUUGCAGUAGAUUUGUGAUAAGCGACAUGGCCCAAAGUGGACUCUCCAGCUAUGCUUUGUGGGUAAAGUGCGCCCCGGUAUCCGCCCAUAUUCGCCAAAAGGAGGCCAGGACCUGAACAGCUAGACCGGACGCUGGAACAAAUGGAAAGUUCAAUCGAUUAAUUUGUUCACUUGUUUUGCGUGUUGUGGUCCGAAGCAGACAGUUUUAAUGCGGGCCUUUGGUUGUGGACUGGGAAAUGCAGACAUCGAGUGAAACCAGAGGACGAUCAGCUUGACUCAUUUGAGACGCGGAACUCCCAUUCGUUUAAAGGUGAAUCAUGACAGAAUAUAAGCUGGUUGUAGUGGGAGCUGGUGGCGUUGGCAAGAGUGCACUCACGAUUCAGCUCAUCCAGAACCAUUUUGUGGAUGAAUAUGACCCCACCAUUGAGGAUUCCUACAGAAAGCAAGUGGUGAUUGAUGGUGAGACAUGUCUGCUGGACAUCCUGGACACUGCAGGUCAGGAGGAGUACAGCGCCAUGAGAGAUCAGUAUAUGAGAACAGGGGAGGGCUUUCUCUGUGUUUUUGCCAUCAACAACACCAAGUCCUUUGAGGACAUUCACCACUACAGAGAACAGAUAAAGCGGGUGAAGGACUCUGAGGACGUCCCAAUGGUGCUGGUGGGUAACAAGUGUGACCUCCCGUCCCGGACAGUGGACACCAAACAGGCUCAGGAAUUAGCACGCAGCUACGGCAUUCCCUUCAUUGAGACCUCAGCCAAAACCAGACAGAGAGUGGAAGAUGCCUUUUACACCCUGGUACGGGAGAUCAGGCAGUACCGCCUCAAUAAACUCAGCAAGGAGGAAAAGACGCCGCGCUGUGUCAAGCUUAAAAAGUGUGUUGUGAUGUGAAAGGGGGAGUGGAUGAUGCCUUUUACACGUUAGUUCGAGAAAUCCGCAAGCAUAAGGAGAAGAUGAGCAAGGAGGGCAAAAAAAAGAAAAAGAAGUCCAAGACAAAGUGCACACUCAUGUGAAUAAUCAGUCCUUUUAUCCAGACAGACUUAAAAAAAAAAAAAAAAAGAAACUUAUCUUGAACAGAAAGUAAUACAUUUUGUACAUUACACUAAAUUAUUAGCCUCUUUCUCAGUACAAUACCCACUGUAACAAAUACUAAACUUGACCCAGUUUGUCUGCCUUCAUAUUAUUUGCUACUCGGGACACCAAUAAGCUUUAUUUUCUCUUUUGUGCCAGUUGCUCACACGCAUUGGUUUGUCAGCGUUGUUUAGAUUUUGCUAGGCGGUGUUGAUUUAGUUGAUACCCCCCCCUCCCUCCUCCCCCCUCCCCAGAAGUUGUUCUUAACCACAUCACAGUUCAUACCCGACAGACUUUUAUGUGACGGUCCUUUGGCAAAAGGUUAUGUUAGUGGCUUUUCAAAGUAUAUGGGAUGCCAAAGAAAAAAAAAAUAAUCCCGAGUGUGACCCCCCCCCCCCAGUGUAAUGACCUCAAGGACAAAUGUUUAUGUCACUGAUAUGUAUGCAUGAAAUACUUUACUCUUCUCCAAACACCUUUUGUCAGUUCUUUGUAUCAUGUGGGGAGCCAUUUUUUUUGCCUACUGUAUUUUCUUUUCUUUUAGUCGUGGCAUGCAUUUGUGUCUCAUAGCACUGUAGACCCAAGUCAACAACAGUCCAGUUGAUGAAGUCUUCAGUAAUUAACGUUUUUGCCUUUUUUUUGAGAGUGAAAUCCACCAUGGCUUAAUGAUACCACCCAGUAAGACCAGUGCUGUGUUUGCAAGGGAUUCACACGUCCACAGAAAAGAGAACCGUGUGUCAUAUUUUCUGUAAUUCUUUACACUUUAAUGCAGGAUUCUGUGAUUUUUUUUCCCCACAAUGACAUGUCAGUAAGACAUUUUCUUCUUUAGGUGCUGGUUUUUCCAAAGGUUCUCUUAUUAGUGUUUCAUUUUGUCAAGUGUUUAAAUCAGCAAGAAUCCCCGGAAUGCUUAAAAAGUCCAUACAUUUGUGCAAAGAUCGGCGCCAUGUGCUCGGAAAAUACCUUUUAUGUACAUAAAUUACAAAACACCCAGAGUUGUUUUAUUCAAAAAGCAGAAAACUGUAAACUUCUAAACACUUUUCUAAUGAGUGUUUUUGCUGGGUUAAAUGUGACGUCACACAGUUACGCGUUCAGACCACCAGGGGUCGCCCUACACCACAUUUUGAGUUUGUCUUUUUACCAAGUCUGUCUUUUGAAAAAAACAUUGUUUUCAUCCCCAAUGCGUGCCAAAUGUUGAUCUCCCCCCCCCCUCACCUAAAUCACUUAAACCGUGAUCGUAUUUUAACACCCUUUGUAUAUAUGUCAUACUGAAAAGGUGCAUAUUUUGUAGAUUGUGCUUCAUUUCAUUGAGAUGAAUGUGUGUGUGUGUGUGUUAGGGAAUGUUGCUUUUAUGGAGUUUUUUCCUUUUUGUGUAUGACUAGUGUGUGACUGUUGCAGGGUUAGGGAAGAGAAUGAAAGGCCACUUUGCAACAAGUUGAGUGGUGAUCUUAUCUAAAUUGCAUCUAUUUUUUUUUGCCAUGAUUCCCACCACUCCUAUUUAAUGUGUAAUAAAGAACAACAGAAAAGGA